AUGGAAGUGCAGAGAAAAAAAUGGACACCCCGUGGGGGAAAAUGGAAAACUUCCCUCCGAUUGGUGUGGCCCGACAUCAUUGUGGAUCUGGAGCGAGCACAUAAGAUUCGAGCCCUGCUUGUGAACAGCCUGUCAUCCAUCAGCAGUGAUCUUGUGUGCCCUUUGGGAGUUCUUCAGUCGCGGCUGUUGCAUCUCUGUGAUCAGAACUGUUGGGGAAAUGUUGUGGGGAACUCAAUGUUUUCUUUAUUUCGUAACGGUGUCCGCAUGCCAUUGUGUGACAAGUUUUUCAAAUUCGCGAAUGAGGUCUUCGGAAAGCGUCCUUUCGUCCCAGUCGGAAUAUUGAGGUUCACUUAUGGCUUGGAUGGGAAGUUGGCACAGAAGAGCUGGUUAAGGCAGGCGAUGACGAGCAUGGAGUGGUUGCAGCUUGGAUGUCUGAGGCAGCCCACCCACACAUCUUUGACGCAGUGCAAUCUGCCUUAA